AUUGAGCCACAUCAUUAUCAUCAUUUUAUCAUCACCACCAAAUCAAUAUUUGACUUUCUCCUUCAAUCAAUCAAUCAAUCAAUCAACCAAUCAGCCAUUGAUUGUUUCUAUAAAUCAUCUCCAUGUGUGAUGAAACUACACACGAUUAUCAUUUAAACUUUUUUGUAUCACUCUCUUUUACACAGAAAAAAAACGUUUUUUUUUGCUGCUGCUGCUGCUGAAAUCCAUAAGAGUCAAAUCAUUUGCCCCCAUUGAAACGCAUUAUAGCCAUUGUUGUUGUUGUGAUGAUGAUGAUGACUUGGAUUUGACUGACUGAAUUUUAUAUCCUCAUCAUUCCACUCUGUGUUACAAAGUUUUGGAUUAUCAUUCUAUCUCAUAAAAAAAGCAUAAUGGAGAUUGAUGAAGAUUGUAAUUCGAAUGUAUUCAAAAAACCAACAACCACUGGUCUUAGUUUUCAAAAUUUUGUUCGUCCAACAUCUCAUACAACAUCGGCAACAAUUUCAUCAUCAUCAUCGCAAACAGCAACAACAACAUCAUUUUCACAAAUGAAUACACCAUCACGUUCAUCGCAUUGUAGACGAGGAUCAUCUGGAAUAUUUUUCAACACAAUGUUUUGUAUGUCACAUCAUUUUCGUCACCUGAAACGUUUACAUAUGGAAUCAAUGGAAGGUUUGAAUAUUAUCAAACAACCACCGGCAAGAGCUGUAUUUCGUUCAUCAUUACCAGCAACACCGAUUGCAACACCAAUAUAUCGUGAAUCAUUUCCAUUUUUUACUGAACAAACAUUAAUGGAACGAUUAUGUCGUACACCAUCACCACGACGAUCAUAUUCACGUAAUUCAUCACAAAUGGAUACAAGUGAAUGUGAAAUGCAACAACCACAACAUCAACAUCAACCAAUGGAAAUUUGUUCACCAACAACAAUCGAUGAAGAAUCUCUGUCAAUUUCAUCAAAUUCAGCAUCUAGUCCUAAUAAAGAAAGACCAAUGGAUGAAAAACAAAAUUCAAUUGAUAACACAACAACAACUGAUAUACAAUCAAGUUUAAAUGACAUUUAUUACAAAAUAAGCGAUCAAUUUAAUCCCGAUUGAUUGACUCGCAUUUGCAUGAUGAUCAUAUUUAGUUCAACAAUAUAUAAUCAGUUUGUGUUGCUUUUAUAUAAAUGAAUUCCAUUCAUCAUCAAACACAUCAUCAUCAUAUAAUCAUCAAAUGGUCAUUUUAUAUAU